CGUCCGUAAAAGAGUUGCUGUGGUUAUGUUUAAGUCAUUAAAAGAAUCUUACAUACAAAAGAAUCAUUAAAUAUAAUGAAGUAAGAUGUUGAGAGUGAUCUAACAUCAUUUCAAUUACACUGUUUGAACAAAUAAUCAUGAUAUCACUUUAAAUCAUUUUUUAAAAUAAUAAGUAAAAAAAUAAAAAUACCUAGUUAAUAUAAGUGAAAACGUCAAGAGAUUCAUAAAUAAUUGUGUUGAUGUAUCUCAUAAUUCAUAAUUUGUAUUAAUUUGCAUUGGAAAUGUUGAAGACAACUGAUGGACUUUGCUAUGAAAUAAGAGUCCCAUUUUUUACUGCUUCACCUUUAAAUAACAGUUAUUUAUUUUACUUCACAUAAAGUACAGCUAUUCAGCAUUCUGAAAAGUAUUUUAACAAUGGAAGAUUCAAAUUACGUGGAUUUAUUAGCAGAAAGACGAAAGUCUUCUGAUUUUCUAUGGGCUUCACGUUAUAUGAAUAAUGUUGCCCCACAUCCUUUGCCACCAGAACAAAAUUGGUCUAGAAAUCAAGCCAUUGAAGCAGCUUUACUUCAUCCUAAAGUUAUUGGAGUAAUUGAAACAUUAGCAGUGUCUCGUAAUAUCGACAAAUCAACGCUUAUUCGUGAAGCUAAAAGCAUGCUUGAAGAAAUGGCGAGUAAACAUCACUCCCCUACGUUUCGCUGGCUUGCUAUAAUCGUUGUUAAAGUAUUAAAGAGAAUACUUCAGAGUUUUCGAGUGAAUGUCAAGUAUCUUUUAGAUCUUCGAGGAAAAAUGGAACAUUCAAAUAUCCAAUAUGUUUAUGUACCAUCACAUCGGAGCUAUUUAGAUUUUAUAUUGAUGUCUUACAUAUUAUUUAAUUAUGAUAUGGCAAUACCAAAUAUCGCUAGUGGUAUGGAUUUCUAUCGGAUGCAUAUUGUUGGCGAGUUAUUGCGUAAAACUGGGGCUUUUUAUAUGCGACGAAGUUUUUCAACGGAUCAAUUAUACAAAGAAAUAUUCAAAGCAUAUGUUGCAUCAUUGAUGGAACACAGUGAUCGCGCCAUUGAGUUUUUUAUUGAAGGAACACGUAGUCGGAGUCAAAAGAGUCUUGCACCAAAGUUUGGUUUAUUAGCAAUGAUUUUGGAGUCCGUAUAUCAAGGAAAAAUUUCAGAUAUCGCAUUUGUUCCGGUAGCGAUAAGCUACGAUAAACCACUCGAAGAGACUUUAUUUUCAUAUGAACUCUUGGGAGUUCCUAAGCCAGCAGAGACAACAACUGGUUUAUUCAAAUCUCUGUCAAUUUUGAGAGAGCAAAGAGCUCAUGGACAUGUUUAUUUUCAUAUUGCUACUCCAUUAUUAGCAUCAACUUUUAUGGAAACAACAAUGCGUCAGAUGAGUGCCUUAUCACCAAAUUCAAAAGUACCAUCAGAAGUUGUGGAAAAUAUCGCUUAUGCUAUUAUCGAUAGUCACAAAAAACAUACAGUAUUUAUGCCAAUCAAUAUUAUUGCGACUCUUGUCAAUGAAAGAAUUCACUCUCAUCCUGGUGAUCCAUAUUCGUUUGAUACUCUUCUUCAAGACUAUUGUUGGUUCAAAAAAUUAAUUACACAAUCUUUUGGAGCAUCAGUUUAUCCAAAAAUUGAAAAUGUAGAGGAAGAAUUAUAUAGAAAGUCUGAGAAAGAUGAGAUUAAAGAAUCAUUACAUACUCAUAGAAAUUUGUUAACUUUGGACGGAAACAAUUUAUUGACUAUUCAAGGAAGUCAUCGUGAAUUAAAAUCUACUAAAACAAUUCGUGUAAAAGGACAUACACUAGAUGAACGUACUAUAAAAAUAACUGUGCCAACAAUAAACUUGGGCAUUUAUGUCAAUCCAUUAUUUGCAAUACUAACAAAGCCAGCAAUAGUUGUAUUUUCAAUUCACUGUACUGGCUUGUCUAAAGAUAAUGCCAAAGAGCAAUAUAUAUUAUUACGAACAUUAUUAAGUACAGAGUUUGCAUUACCAACAGAUCAUAGUCAACAAAUGUUGAUAAAUGAAUUUGAAAAAGAAAUAACAUUUUUGAUAAAUGAAAAAUGUUUUCGUGCUGAUAAUAAUCAUUUCUAUUUUGAUAGCAAUACUCAUCUACGAUCACUCCUUCAUAAUAUAUUAUUACCUUUUGUAGCAGCUGUAUAUGUAACAUCUCUUGUUUUAUUACAGUGGGACAACACAGUGAUGGAUACUCUAACAGAUCAAGAAAUAUUAAAAGAAUGUCAGAAAAGAACUGAAAUUCUUUUAUUUCAAGAAGAAAGUCUUGUUCGUCAUCCAUAUUCUUUAUCAUUAGAUUUAUAUUCAUCAACUCUAAUUAGUUUAUCAUCAUAUGGAGCUAUAAAAUCAUCAGAAGGGAAACCACGAAUUUAUGAAUGCAAUCGACAGAGAUUAUCAAUAAUAAUCACUGAACUUGAACGUAUGAUGUCACAACGUCCAUUAGGGAGUUACAUGGAUAUUCUUAAUAUGCUAGUUCAUCAAGUCGACAAUACUUUGCAAGCAAAACUAUUUUAAUUUGGCGCCAAAAUAUAAUUCAGUAAAUAUGUAUAUUGGCAGCAUUGAAAUAUUUUUACCCUAGAAGAAAUAAAUAUCCCUUGAUGUAUCGAUACAAUACCGACAAUUUCUCAAUUUGGCGCUGAAAUCGCUCUUAUAUGAUUCGACAAAGAGCUAUCUAUAGAUAUAUCGAGCUUUAUGGAGGAAAACAAAUUGCGGCCAUAGUAGUGUGACGUCUCAACACAACAAUUCCGGCAUUUAAUUAUUAUCAAUAAAAAUAUUGUCUUUUUAUAAUUGUGAAUGUUGAAAUAAAGUAAAUAUUUAACAUAAAA